AGCUGGUUUGGCGAAGCAGCAGCAGGAACAGCCAUGAGCUUCGAGGCACCAGAGAAAACUGGGGCGAGCAGGGCAGCAGAGAGCAAGUGUCCUCUGGGUGACAGACAUGUCCACAGGGAAGACGUGAGACAAAUACUCAGAGAGUGCCAAGAGGAGAGCUUCUGGUACAGAGCUCUGCCUCUCUCCCUGGGCAGCCUGGCCACCACUGGAGCUCUCAUCUACAAAGGAGUUCUGCUCCCCUCUAAGAGGUUCGGCCCCUUCCCAAAACUGGCAGCGGCUGGUAUCCUUGGUUAUGUUCUGGGAAAGGCCUCUUAUGUGCUAACGUGCAGAGACAAAUUCCGCAGACUCGGGUUCGAGCCAGGCAGGCCAGGAUUUGGACCGAGGUUCUGGGGGCCUGGCUUUGACCCAAAGGACCUGAGACACUGUGAUCACGUGUGUACAGAGUGUGAAAAAAACAAGCAAUCUGCUCCACCAGAGACUACAGCUUAAUAGCAUACUUUGGAUUCACCUUUGACCUGGAAGUGCAGCAAUAUAACCUGGAAGUUCACCGAUACAGCACCAUAGAGGAAUCACUGUGCUUGUGUUUUCUUUAUAAACUUCAAAUGUGUACCACAUUUCACAUAAAUAAAUAUACUUAUGUUUUA